CGCCUACAUAACGGAGAAAGCCGAGUAAACCCGGACAUUGCCGAAGCACUUUCACACAUCCAGCGUUCUUCUGCGUCAGUUGUGUGUGUUGUUGAGCGCUCGUUAGUAUCGGAAACAACUCUUCAGUGUGUGUUAUUAUUUCUGACCAGGACAGACACGAUGACACGGCUGGAGGUGCUUUGUAUCCUCGGGGCGCUGCUGAUAACGCAAAGCGUCGCCAUAUUCAGAGUUCCCCUUUAUAAGACCAGGAGUCUGCGCCGCCUGAUGAGCGACAAUGGGAUGUCUCUGGAGGAGCUCCGGGCUUUAGCGAAGAGCACCGGAGCACCGGACUACUCUCCCUCCCCCAAAGUGCCCAUAGAGAGGCUGACCAACUUCAUGGAUGCCCAGUACUAUGGGAUGAUCAGCAUCGGCACCCCUCCACAGGACUUCACUGUGCUGUUUGACACCGGCUCCUCCAACCUCUGGGUUCCCUCCAUUCACUGCUCUUUCUUUGAUGUGGCCUGCUGGAUUCAUCAUCGUUACAACUCUAAGAAGUCGAGCACAUUCGUGAAGAAUGGCACAGAGUUCUCCAUCCGGUACGGCAGAGGCAGCUUGUCCGGCUACAUCAGCGGAGACACCGUCUCUAUUGCAGGUCUGCCUGUUCCUGCCCAGCAGUUUGGCGAAGCGGUGAAGCAGCCUGGCAUCACAUUUGCAGUGGCACGGUUCGAUGGCGUCCUGGGCAUGGCCUACCCCUCCAUAUCAGUCGCCAGUGUCACCCCGGUGUUUGACACAGCCAUGGCUGCCAAGCUGCUGCCCGAGAACAUUUUCUCUUUCUACAUCAGCAGAGACAAAAAAGCAGCGUUAGGAGGGGAGCUGGUGCUGGGUGGGACAGACCCCGAGCACUACACCGGAGACCUGCACUAUGUCAAUGUCACACGGAAGGCCUACUGGCAGAUCAAGAUGAGCGGAGUUGAAGUCGGCAACCAGCUGACUCUCUGCAAAGCCGGUUGCCAGGCUAUUGUCGACACGGGAACAUCCCUAAUUGUCGGUUCCGUGGAAGAAAUCAGAGCGCUGCACAAAGCCAUCGGAGCACUGCCGCUGCUAAUGGGAGAGUACUGGAUCGACUGUAAGAAGAUCCCAUCUCUCCCCGUCAUCUCCUUCAACAUUGGAGGGAAGAUGCUUAACCUGACCGGAGAGGAUUAUAUCAUGAAGGAGACUCAGCUGGGCACAACAAUCUGUAUCUCGGGCUUCAUGGCCAUGGAUAUCCCGCCUCCGGCCGGGCCCCUGUGGAUCCUGGGGGACGUAUUCAUCGGCAGGUACUACACUGUGUUCGACAGGGCCGCCGAUCGUGUGGGUUUUGCCCCCUCCAAGUAGUUUACUGAACACGUUUGUGUGAAAUAUGUUGCACUUCUCAUUUUAAGUGGUUUCUUGACUUUCAAGGUCCCGUCAAGCAAAAAUUUCAUCAUCUAUGUUGCGUUAUUUCAUUUGCAGCAAUCAGUUGUUGUAUAUCACUGCAAGACCUGGCUUGCCAUAUAAAUCUUACAUCUGCUUAGAAUGAGGUUUACACGAGAAAUUGGCUGCUGAUGAGUUGAGUAUGGAUGCUACAUUAAUAGCCAUUUCCACACAUUUAUGCAAGGAGUGUAGAUGUUUUGUGCCACUGAACAAAGGGACCGCUUCACUCAGUUUCAUGCACCUAUCUGAGAUAUGGCAGGAUUCAAUCAGAGCUACGCAUUUUGAUGUAUUUGUGCUGUAUGAUUUUUGUAUUGUAGAUGCUUUGGGGUGGGAGAACAAAUGCAACUCAUUUUGGGAUGUAAUUUUCAGUUUCAUUCCUAACAUUCCCAGAUCCCAAUGUCUUAAUAAUAGAUGUUAUAAUUGGGGCUACUUUUGUACACUGAAGGUUUCUCAGGAUGUUUCUCUUAAUAUGCCUAUAUGAAUUUUAUUACCAAAUCUCACUGAAUAAAGCUUUAAAUAAAUACAUGUUUUGUCAAAUUUUGAAUGGAUUGGUUUAGAUUAUGAUCUGCUAUUGUGUAAAAUCAAGUAUCCUUAGGGGGGGAGAAAAACAAAGAUCAACCUACAGAGUCAUUUGUAACAUUUAAUGAAGUAUACAAAGUGCUGCAACGUUCAACUCCAGAGCUGAAU